AUGUAUUUCGGCGAAAUUUGUCAAUGGGCAGUGGACAAAUCCCGACCCACUUCCUUAAGAUGCAGGGCCUAUUUGGCUAUUUGUGACCCUCUACGUUACACCACCAGAGUUACUCUGAACAGAACAAAAGUCUGUGUUUGUCUCUGUUGGAUUUGCUCUUUUCUCUAUAAUUGUCUCAUUUUCAAGGACUUUCUGAGACAACCUGAUUCAUAUAAUUCCUGCUAUGGAGAGUGUGUAUUUGUCCUUAACUAUAUCACAGGAGCUGUUGACUUUGUCUUUACCUUUAUUGGCCCUGUUACUGUCAUCAUAGUUCUGUAUAUGAGAGUGUUUGUGGUGGCUGUGUCUCAGGCUCGAGCCAUGCGCUCUCAUAUUGCAGCUGUUACACUCCAGCGUUCAGUUGGUGGAACUGCUAAGAAAUCUGAGAUGAAAGCAGCCAGGACUCUCGGUAUUGUUGUAGUUGUGUUUAUAAUGUGUUUCGUUCCAUAUUUCUCUCCAUCCCUGAAAGGUGAGGAUAUUGAAGAGAGCAGUUCAUCCUCACUUGUUGUGUCCUUAAUCUGGCUGCUGUAUAUUAACUCUUGUCUAAACCCAGUGAUCUAUGCCUUCUUUUACCCCUGGUUUAGAAAAUCUAUCAAACUCAUUGUUACCUUUAAGAUACUUCGGCCUGACUCUUGUGAUACUAAAAUACUGUAG